AUGCCUAUUUACACAGUACCUGCAAGAAGCUGCUCUGAGGCACAGUGUACUACUGCUUCACAGAAGAAUUCUUCACAAAAUGCCUUUACUAGCAGCAAAAAGUUUGGGCAACAACUGAAAUCACAGAUGUCAGAGGAAGAAAAGAAUAAUCUACUUCCAUACUCUCAGAACAAGGCUGAAGAAGUAAAUAGGACUUACGUGAUUUCUGCGUGUAAAAAAGCGGGUAAUGCACCAAUUACGUUUAAACCUGAAGAUAAAUUAAUGCUCCAGAGGAGAACUAGAGCAAGCAAAGAAUCAGCUUGCAGUAGUGAACAACUGGAUGAAAAAACAGCACAGGACACAGAAAAUGUACAAACAGAGAAAAGACUUACUCUGCAGAGACGAGUGAGGACUGACACUACAGAAAAGAGUAAAAUAUGUCAGAAUACCAUGACUGGCAUAGAAAAUAAUGACUGUGCUGCUGCACGAAGAAAUUACAAGAUUGUACUUCUACCAAGUGCUAGUAAUAACGAUAAACAUUACACUAAACCAAGCUGUAAAUUGUCUGAAGGUCAGUCACAUCCAAAGCAGUACUAUAAUUUAAACAGUAAGGAUUCACUUAGCAAUACUGAUGGUCUGUCUGAAAAUGAUAACUGCACACACUUAAAAUACAGGACAAUCACUUCUGAUAAAAAACUUCAAAAUGAAGUUCCUAGAACAGCACAAUUUGUUACCCCAAAAUAUAUCAAUAGGAUACCAGGAGAGCAGCUGAAUGAAAAAGGCAAUGUAAGUAAGGUAGCUGAAAAAGAAAGGUUACAAAACUUAAUUAUAAAACAUCACAGUUUGGAAAGGCAGAGGACACCAAGAAAAGAUACAGCGGAAGGACUGAAGCUUACACCAAAGCAUAGCAUUCCUCAGGAUAUCAGAAAUUGUUCUCUAUCUGCUUCAAAGAAACAAAUACCUCACCCUCAGAUUGUAGCAAAAAAGAAAAUGAGUGCCCCCAAUGCUCUUUCUAUGAGUAGAGGUGCAAAAGCAGAAGAGAAUACAACACGUAUACUAGCUUUUAAGGAGGAAACUCUAGGUGGCAGCAAUAGCACUGAGAAAGAUAUUUUCAAAGCAGAAAACAGCAAAGUGACUGUAGCUGUACGUGUACGGCCUUUCAGUAACAGAGAGAAAAAUGAAAAUGCUUUUCCUGUGGUCUCUAUGAGCGGUUCAGAGACAGCUGUACAAAAUCCAGACACAGACCAUGUUUACAACUUCAGUUAUGACUUCUCGUUCUGGUCUUUUGAUGAGUGUCAUCCUAAUUUCGCAAACCAAGCAGUGGUUUACAAAACUCUGGCAGUACCACUCCUAGAAAAAGCUUUUGAGGGGUACAACACUUGUCUUUUUGCUUAUGGACAGACUGGUUCUGGAAAGUCAUACACAAUGAUGGGAUUUGAUGAAGACCAAGGAAUAAUUCCAAGAUUUUGUGAAGAUCUCUUCACCCGAAUAGCACAAAUGGAUAAGCAACAGACUUUGUAUCAUCUUGAAAUGAGCUAUUUUGAAGUUUAUAAUGAGAAGAUUCAUGACUUGCUUGUCUUUAAAGCUGAAAGUGGACAGAAGAAAUGCCCACUCCGUGUAAGAGAACACCCAGUGUUAGGACCGUAUGUGGAAGACUUGACUGUGAAUGUUGUCAGUUCUUAUUCUGAUAUCCAGAGUUGGCUUGAACUGGGAAAUAAACAGAGAGCAACAGCUGCUACAGGAAUGAAUGACAAGAGCUCUAGAUCUCAUUCUGUCUUCACCUGUGUCAUGACGCAAACAAAAGUAGAGUUUGUGGAUGAAGAGCAACAUGAUCAUAGGGUUACCAGCCGCAUAAAUCUAAUAGAUUUAGCUGGCAGUGAACGCUGCUCAGCCACACAAACCAUUGGAGAAAGGCUAAAGGAGGGUGUAAGUAUUAAUAAGUCACUGUUAACCCUUGGAAAGGUUAUUUCUGCACUCUCUGAACAGUCUCAAAAUGGAAAGAAAACAUUCAUCCCUUACCGGGAGUCUGUCCUUACAUGGUUGUUAAAGGAAAGUCUUGGUGGAAAUUCCCGAACUGCUAUGAUUGCCACAAUCAGUCCAGCUGCCAGCAGUAUAGAAGAAACACUCAGCACUCUUCGCUAUGCAAAACAAGCUUGUUCAAUAAUCAAUAUUGCUAAAGUAAAUGAAGAUGUGAAUGCCAAACUAAUCAGAGAACUGAAAGCUGAAAUUGAAAAACUGAAGGCAGCGCAGAAAAGUGCUCAGAAUACCGACCCUGAAAAAUACAGACGUUAUUUGCAGGAAAUAACUUCUCUGAGAGUAAAACUGCACCAGCAGGAAAGGGACAUGGCAGAAAUGCAAAGGGCCUGGAAAGAAAAGCUUGAACAAGCAGAAAAAAGGAAAUUAGAAGAAACAAAAGGGUUACAGAAAGCAGGAAUUGCAUUCAAAAUGGACAAUCGUUUACCAAACCUUGUCAAUCUCAAUGAAGAUCCCCAACUUUCUGAGAUGCUGUUGUAUAUGAUCAAAGAAGGAGAAACUACUGUCGGAAAGCAUACACCAAAUUCAAGACAUGAUAUCCAGCUUUCUGGAGCGCUAAUUGCUGCUGACCACUGUGUUAUAAAAAAUAUUGAUGGCAAAGUGAGUAUUAUUCCACUGAGAGAAGCAAAGACGUAUGUUAAUGGGAAACACAUUUUAGACCCAACAGUUCUACAUCAUGGUGAUAGAGUGAUCCUUGGGGGAGACCAUUAUUUCAGGUUUAAUCAUCCAGUAGAAGUUCAGAAAGUGAAAAGGCCAUCUUGUGGGACUACGUUUCUGUGUGAUGGUCCAAAAGAUUUUGAAUUUGCAAAAAAUGAGCUUCUUGUUGCGCAAAGAACACAACUUGAAUCAGAAAUUGAAGAGGCACGACUCAAAGCCAAAGAGGAAAUGAUGCAAGGUAUCCAAAUUGCAAAAGAGAUGGCUCAGCAAGAACUGACAUCACAAAAAGAAGUUUAUGAAAGCAAAAUAAAAUCACUAGAAGCAGAACUGAAAGAAGAAUCUCAUAAGAAGCAAAUGCAAGAACUGAAUAAUCAGAAGGCUGUAAACAAAAUACAAGAGCUAGAAAAGGCAAAGCAAGAUCUUGAGCUCGAAGUACACUUCAACAAGAAACGUUUGGAAAUGGAGACGUUAGCUACCAAGCAGGCUCUGGCAGAUCAUACUAUUCAUCAUGCAAAGAUACUUGAAGCUCUGGAAGCAGAGAAACAGAAGAUUGCUGAAGAAAUACAAACCCUUCAAAAGAAUCGUGGAAAUGGGAAUAAAACUAUGACUAUUCCACUUAACUGGAAUUCUCUGAAACUAUCAGUGAUGAUCAAGGAGGCCAAUGCUAUUAGUAAUGAAUUAGGGAAAAACACUGUUUUCUGCAGGCAUGACAAAAUUGAUGAUAAAACAGGAACAGCAACUUCUGUUCAGGUACAGGUUCGUAAUAUCAAACUGGGAAUUGCAACUUUCUGGAGCCUGGAGAAAUUUGAAUGCAAACUAGCAGCAUUGAAAGAACUUUAUGAGAAUAAUGAUGGUAACAAAGCUGCUGAUGUAUUUUAUGACCCUACUGAUGAGUGGGAACCUGACCUUUCAGCUGCUUCAGUUUCCUCUUUUUCCAGAAGAAGGAGCAGAAGUUUCAUGAAGAACAGGAGAAUUUCUGGAUGUUUGUCUGAUAUAAAAUUAUGCCCAGUCCAGAACAUACAAACUUCUUAUAUAUCAGGCUCGCUGAACAAAUCCAGCAUAUGCCCAAACUGCUCUGAAUUGUUUAUUCCUGGAAUUUGCAAAGAAUCUGUAAGUUCAGCUUUAGAUUUACUGGAGCAGAAUCAUGAAGGAGGAAAGAGCAUAGCAGAUAAUCUCCUAACUACUUUGUGUACUAUUUUUACUGGAGUAUCUGUCAUUUCAAAAGCCUAUGAACAGCAAGACGAAGAAUGUCAAGAGAACAUUUUCCUUCUUGAUCGUGCUGCUCAGUCCUAUUGCAUCAGAAUUAUCUCUGCUUUUGAUCAGCUUGUGGUUCUAACCAAACUUUGGCUUAACAAUAUCCAAAGGUACUCCACAUCUAUAAAAACCGAUGAAGAAUUAAAACAGGAAGUAAAGAACUUGGGAGGUUAUUUACAGUUACUGUUGCAGGGAUGUUCUUCAGAUAUAUCCUCAAUGGUAAUGGAAGCAUGGAACAAAAUAAACCAAACAGUAAGACAAAUAAUGAAAUAUAUAGGACACUUGGCAGUACUCACAAGAGCUGAUAUUUGCUCUUCUGAAGAGAACAACGUUACUGCAACUAGCCUACAGAAAGAAUUUGUACUUGCCAUUUACAGUGGAGUAGGCUCAGGACUGGAGCUUCUUAUGGAUACAGUACAGGAGAAAGCAAGUGUGGUGCAGAAAGAACUGGUGAAGCAAUAUCCACAAAAUGAGAUUCAAAAUCGAAUAAAGGACAAUGCUGUUGCUUUAGCCAGAUUCCUUGAAAAUAACAUAUCUUACUGCAGAAAGAAAGAAAUAGAAUCUCAGUUACCAGAGGAAGAAUGUGUAUAUCAGGAAAUAAAGAAAAUCGUUAAUAUUGCUGCAAAAUAUUUGGAAUUGGAGCAGUAUCUAGCUGAAGUCUAUCAAAUUGUUUCUUCUACAUUACAAGGGUCAUACCAAAAUACAAGCCAUCUCAAGAGCUGUGCAGAAAAGAUUUGCGUGUUAGCUGGAUAUUUUAACAGUUAUUUCAGUUUAUUUGUCUUGCCUUCUACUUCUGUAAACAAUCCUGUCCAGAAAAUACCUAUACCUUUUAUGAAUUCUGAUGAAUUGGAUUCUUUGGUUCAUUCCCUUAUUGUGAAUUUUGAACUUGAACAAGGACAGCAGUCACUGAAAUCUCAGACUCUUUGUAAUGGAACUGUUGGGACUCAAGGAAAACAGGUUGAAACAGGUGAAGUUGAAUUGGUAAGGAUACAGAAGGGAAUUCCAGAACAUACAUAUAAAAUGCAGUCAUCGCCUAUGUUCCCAGGAGAGCUUUCAUCUGGUGGGAUACAGUGGGUGUAA